AUGCCCCAGAUCAUCACCGCUGGGAUUCCAAGAACUCAAUUCAGCAAAAUUCAUCUGUUGGCUGCUUUGAAGCUGGAUCCAGACCUCGACGGCAACCCACCGACUCAACCCUCAGCUCCACCACCAUGCAAUGCUGCAUCACUCAAUGAGAGAAAUCAGACAGAUGCCUUAACCGUGUCUCAGGAAAAAACCAACGCAGAAGCAGUUCGACCAGACACAUCUGCUCCACCACAGAGCUCUGCAACCAACCAGUCCUCUCCAACUGCACACAGACUGUGUCACCACACUCAGGAUGCAGUCCUCAGCAUGCCCAUGGUUGAAGUGGCUGGACCCGAAGGUGCAACGUUGGUGUUCCGCGCAUGGACCUCUGCCGACGUCACAGCAGCAUCACAACACUUGCCCAACCCCACAGCAUCAGACUGGCAGAAAAUUGCUAACAAAUUCCCAAGUAGUGACCUCCGUUGCAAACAUGUCAACUGGGAAGACGAGUCUAAUGUGCAGUACAGAGAUGCCGUCCACAGUCUAUGUGAGGCAUUCACCAAAGCAUUUCCAGUUAAAAGUAACCUGGAGAAAAUCACCGCCUGCAGACAAAAGGACAAUGAAGACCCCGAUGAAUAUCUGACUCGCCUGACUGAGAUCUUUAACUCCCACAGUGGCCUUCAACCCCCUGCUGAGUUAGGCAACACUUUAGGAGCUUGGGAAAAUCAUCUUUGCAACUGUUUCCUAAAUGGACUGAAACCAGACAUCUCCUCAGCAGUUAAAUCCACCUGCAUUGGCUGGAGUGAUGCACGCCUGUCUGAACUUUGAAGACAUGCUAUACAUGCACAUGACCAACUACUCUCAAAAAAGAAG